CCUAAACCCUCGCCUUUCUCUUCGCCCGUAAUCCAACACCAGUAACCCUCGACGGCAAAGAAGCGAUGGAGUAGCGACGGGAGUUGGCUGGAGAAGCCAUCGAAAGGGCUGGAGGCGUGUGAAGGAGGAUAGGAGUUUGCGAGUCGCUGUGGAUUGUGGCUAAAACUGGCGAAUGCCCGGAUUUAGUAAACUUGGGAUUAAAGGUAAAGCGGGUCAUCAAAUGUUAGUGCAAUUCGAGAGUUCUCAUUUGCAUUGCAGCAAAGUGAUACCCUACAAUGAAGCAAUUUCAUGGCUAAAUGGAUAUAAAGGCUAAGAACUUUCAGGCUUCUUCAGAAACUGUGAAGAAUGACCUGCCUCAUCGCACCAUGUGUGUAUCUUGAAUUUGAAUAUAGGCUUCUUCAGAAACUGUGAAGAAUAAUGACCUGCCUCAUCGCACCAUGAUCAUGUCUAGCCUGUUGUAAAUUAACAGUUAUAUGAGAGAAAAUUAACUAAGGUUUGCUAUGACAUGCUUCAGGAUCGCCAUCUAUAUAGUGCAUGAAGGAACAUUUAUUUAAUUUUAUAAAAGGAUAGAACAAAGCGCCAUCCGCCUUCUGAUCCUACUCAUUGGCUUUCCUUUUCAACAAAAGCUGCGAGGAUUGGGUCAGUGUUUAUGGAGAAAGAAACGCAAGAUUUUUCUGCUGAGAAUUGCCCUGGUGAAUUUUUUGGGGAACAUAAUCUGGUUGGCGUUGCAGGGAUGAAUUCUGAACCUUCAGUCAAGAUUGAGGUUUUGUUCUUUGCCAAAGCUCGGGAGAUUACUGGGUUACCUGAUAUAUCUCUGCAAGUGCCUCCUAGUAGUUCGGCUGGAGAUUGUUUAAAAAUUCUCUUAACCAAGUUUCCUAGGCUAGAGGAAAUCUGCAACUCCAUCGUUUUUGCACUUAAUGAAGAAUAUGCUCCAGACUCUAUUAUUUUGAAGAAUGGAGAUGAGUUAGCAAUCAUUCCACCGAUAAGCGGUGGCUAAGUAACUAUGUUAUUGUGUUUCCGGUGUCAUUCAAUACUAACUUUUGCAUGAUAGCGAUUUGAUUCUAAUUCUUUGAGUUUCAAGUAAAAGUAUGAUGAUGUUAUUUUUCUCGAAUAAAAACUUACAACAUGUAUUAAUAGCUGUUAAUCGAAAAAGGAUAUUUUGGAAAUCUCAUUUCCUCUCGUAUGAGGUUUAUCUUGAGCAGCAGAGCUUCUUGUACAAACUUGUAUGUUUCUCUUGUGAAGAAAGAUACCCUUUUCUUAAGCUUUGGGGAACUGAUUAUCCAGCUUCAUAUAAAUUCAUGUUAUAACCUAUUA